GUUGCGUUGAUCUACUUGCCGUUGUUAUAAAGUACUACAACAUUAAGUGGAAUAUUCCUAACCCCUCCUCCACCUACAUAUUACUCUCAUCGUUGGACACAGCAGCGUCAAAACAGCAUUCUCAUCGAUGCUUCUGCCCACGAUCAGAAGGAGCAGCACCAAGUUAAAAAGCCGACUCGCCUCUCGUUCCCAGCACCUUUCUCAAUCGGUACGACCAUUCGCAACCAUGUCGGCUCUAUCAAACUUCAGGCCUCUCGUCGUUUUCACUGUCGACACGCCUAACGGCCAAAAAGUUACGAAUUUUACCGAGGAGCUGAAGCGAGCAUACGGUAGCAAGACAGGCUUCAAUGUCAAGUACCGCAAGAUUGACAUGAGCGUGAAUGAGCAUAAAGCAGAUUGGUACCUGAAAAUCAAUCCAAAUGGGCGCAUCCCAGCCAUCACAGACCCGAACAGGGGUGACUUUAACGUGUUUGAAACGGCAGCGAUCUUGCUCUACCUGGAGCAGCACUAUGAUCCAGACCACCUGUUCAGCUGGCCGAGCACGGAUCCCAAGGCGGACAACUACAGAUCUGAAGUGAUGCAAUGGAUGUUCUUCGUCCACGGUGGCAUCGGGCCCAUGCAGGGCCAAGCGAACCACUUUGCACGCGCCGCACCGGAAAAGAUUCCGUACGCAAUAAACAGGUACAAGGCCGAGACGCAGCGUCUAUACUCUGUCCUCGACGCGAGAUUGAAGGACCGCGAUUACCUCGUUGGGGAAGGGCGCGGCAAGUUUAGUCUGGCGGACAUGAACGGCUGGACCUGGUGCUACCGGGGUCCGCUCGUAGUACCCGAGGAAGAGAUCCCACAGUCGGUGAAAGCUUGGAUCAAGCGCUGCUGGGACCGACCUGCUUCCAAAAUUGGGAUGGGCGCUACCAACAAUGGAAAACUAGGGGACUGGGCCAAGGGCGCUUGGAGCAAGGAGAGCGGCUUGGCACCAGAGGAGUAGAUUGCCGGCAUACGAGGAAAACAAUGCUUCGUCUUCAUCUUCAUAAGGAACUAGCACCGAAAAUUGGGUGUCGCGAC